AUGCACGGCACCGAGCUCGAGCAGUUCCGUGCGCGCUGGCAGCGCGAGGUCGCGACGCGGCACCGUAGUGUGCCGCACGCCGCGCCGCGGGAAGAGACGCACGAGGAGCGCGAGCGCCCGGCGGGGCUCGACCGCCUCAGCGUCAAGCACGAGGCACUCGACCCCAAGGUGCAGGCGGAGCAUGCCGUGGAGAAGGACCGCCUCACCAAGCUCCUCGCGGCCCUCGUGCCGGCGCACGAGGCGCGCGUACGGGAGGGGGCAGAGGAGGCGGUGCGCAGUGGCAUCGAGAGGAUGCGCCUCGCAGGGGACCGCAGCGCAGACGGCGCGACGGCUGGCCAAGACACCAGCGGCACGCACGCGCCGCACAAUGAUACCCACGCACGCAGUGCGAGCGAUGCAAACGGCGCGCACGCCACCGACGCCACCGACGCUCCUGGUGCGCCGGCAGCUGCGACGCUUGCCCCGCGGCCGAUGGCCACCGUGUACGAGCUGCACGCGGCCGACGAGGACGCGCCGAUCCCCGCCGCGUCGCUCCCCGACGAGGUCUGGAUCAAGAUUUUGACGCAUGCCGUGCACCCGUGCGCCCCGCCGGCGCCGGCGCCUGUCCUUGCCGAAAACAUGUCGUACCAGCCCCCCAAAACGCCGUGGCGCACACGCACGGGCCCCGACUAUAUCACGCUCGAGUACGCGGCGCGCGUGUGCUGGAAGCUGCGCCUGCUUACCGCGCACCCCAAGCUCUGGCGGCUGGUCGUCCAGGCGACCUAUCUCCCGCCCCAGAUCCCCCCCACGCUCUCGGUCGACGAGGUGCACGCGGCGCACAGCUACAGCUGGCGCGACACGUUUAUCGAGCAGCCGCGUAUCCGCAUGAACGGCGCGUACAUUGCCAGCUGCCAAUACACGCAGCAAGGCAUGUCGGAAGAGAAUGUGUGGGUGCGUGUACUGCACCUGGUCGAGUUCUUCCGCUACCUGCGCUUCUUUCCCAACGGGCAGUGCCUGAGCAUGCUUACAGUCGAGCGCCCGGCGGACACGGUGCACCAGCUCGUGCCCGGCGUGCGUGCAAAAGGCCUAGCGGUCGGCCGCUGGCACCUGCUGCCCGACGCGGCGAAUACGCUGGUGGUGAUCGACGACCUGAGCGACGCGUCGCUGCCCAACUACCGCUUCCAGAUGACACUCGUCCUGCGCGAGACGCAGCCCGGCCGCUGGAACAAACUCGAGAUGCUCGAGUACGCGUCGCUGCAUCUGCACACCGGCGAGGUGCUCCCCUUCCCGCACAAGCACCAGCGCCCGUUCUACUUUUCUCGUGUCAAGGGCUACGGAGUGUAG